AUGGUCCGCUUGUCCAACUCUCUUAUACUUAUCGGCAUCCUGGCUUCUGGUGCCGUCGCUGCACCUGAAUUCGAUCAGGAAGCUGAGCUCCGCAGGUCAAAUUGCGACAAUGGAUGCUUUGACGAUUCAUUUCCAGGCGGUUCAUGCACAAACGAUCCAGCUUGCAUGUGCACCCAAAACAAGUAUCGCGAGGCGUAUUUUUGCUGCAUGGCUAAGAACUGUGAGGCAAUCGUAGUAACGAGAUCAGUUGAGAGGCAGCACGAUGAAUGUCAGGCUCGGAAUCUUGACUUCACUUUCGAUGUCGAGAAGGUUUGCGGUAUCAAGUUGGCGGCCACUACUUCCACGACUUCUUCAGUCGAAACUGCUGCUACAGCCACGAAUUUAGGAACAUCUUCGGUAGUGGUAACACCUACGACUUCUGAUGCAGAAACUAAGACGAUGUCCGACAAGAACGCCAAAGAUACUGCUCAAGCAUCACCCACAGAAAGUGCUGCCCCUGUGACUGAUGGUGUCCCACAACUAAAGCCCGCUUUGGGCGGCCUAACGCUCUUGAUGGUCUCCGCGUUCUACCUUCUGUAG